AUGGACAGACGAAUAUUCACUUGGCCGCUCUGCCCUUCCACACAGGCAUCCGCGCGGAGCUCGCAGGAUACGUUUCUCCAGGCGAUCGCUCUCUCCGUCGCGAAAACACCCGAAGAUCGAGUUUUCGCCCGCUGGUACAACCGUGUGGGGCAAGUCGAAUCCACCCGGACCUUUCACGGUGUCUGGGGGGCGAGCGGCGAGAUUGCGCACCUCCUGCGAGUAGAAUGGGGCCUGACCAAGGGCGACCGAGUGGUGCUGGCGUUCAACUUCGGCCUUCGCUUCUUCGCGGUCUUCCUCGGCUGCCUGAGAGCCGGCAUCAUCGCCGUGCCGGUGUACCCACCCAACCCAGCCACGCUCAAGAAGUCUCUCCAGAAGCUGCAACUCAUCGUCGAAGGUUGCACGCCGAACAUGAUUCUCGUCUGCCCACUCGUCAACAAGCUCCGCCUGGCGUGGAAGCUGCGGGCGGUGGCGACAGGGAAAAUCGGCUGGCCGAACUUACCCUACCACUGCCCUGACGUCAAGGAGGAGACGAUCCCCACCAGUGGCUUGUCUUACUCUGCCGUUGAGUGGAAGAGUCGUGGCAGCAAGUCGGCUGAAGCCGGAACUAAGCGGCCGAGUUUCCAAAUGCAGCGGCCGAGCUUCGACGACCCGACUAUCAAGCCGGAAGACGUCGCCUUCCUGCAGUUCACCUCGGGCAGCACCUCGGAUCCGAAGGGGGUAAUGCUCACGUACGGCAACCUCACACACAACAUCGAUGCCAUCAUCAAUUCCUCGAAUGCGCAAAUCGUCGAACGAGGGGGGGUCCCGGGUGGCAACCGUACCUGGUUCUCUUGGCUGCCAGCCUUCCACGACAUGGGUCUUAUACACGGAACUCUGGUGCCGUUCCUCGCCGGAUGGACGGCGGCGUACUGCUCACCUAUCACCUUCAUGCGCCGGCCUCUGAUGUGGCUGGAGCUCAUGUCCAAGGAGAAGUCGCAGAUGACCGCUGCUCCAGACUUCGCGUUUCGACUCUGCGUGCGGAAGUGGAAAGAGAUGUCGCCGGAGAGCCGGGCCGCGCUUCACCUGGACCUAAGGCCCAUCAUGUUCAUGCAGAACGCCGCCGAGCCUGUCCGCGCUAGCACUGUUCGCGACUUCGCGGAAACCUUUGCUGCCGUGGGCCUCCCGGCCUACGCCUCCAACGCGGCGUACGGGCUCGCCGAGCACACCGUCGGAUGCGCGUCCUUCAGCCCUAAUCCGGGAGGAAGAGAGAGCCUGAGCGACAUAUCCGACGAGCGGCUGCAGGCGUCCGGGGAUGUACACGCCUCAGCCAACAGCCACAUCAACAUCAGGGUCAUCGACCCCAAGACGUGCCGGGAGGUUCCCGUAGGGGAGACGGGGGAGAUGUGGAUAUCCUCCGAGUCGGUGGCCGCGGGCUACUGGGGAAAGCUUGAGCUGACCCAGGAAACCUUCCGGGCACGGAUCAAGUGCGAUACCACUGCUGACGGGUCUCCCGCCCCCUCGUGGGCCGAUUUAGACUUUCUGCGCACCGGAGAUCUAUGCCGUGUCGACACCGAAGGCCUUCUUUACGUCGAAGGCCGGCUGAAAGACCUCGUCAUCGUUGCUGGGCGCAACGUUUACCCUCAGAUCGUCAUGGAGGUGCGGGCCGUCUCCAAGAAGAACACCCAAGCGGUCAUGGAAGCGAUCGAAUCCGUGUGCCACAGCGUCAUCAGCGAGUCUGGUCUCACCCCUUCCAGAGUGGUGGCCAUCAAGGAGGGAACGAUUCCGAAAACUACCUCUGGCAAGAUUCAGCGACGGAAGACGCGAGCGAUGCUACACGGGGGGCGGCUAAAGGUGGUGCAGGAGCUUCGUCUAGAUCCCGCAGAAACGACGGCCCUUGCCGCUGUUCAGGACCAAACGGUAGACGACAUCACCGGCGUGGCCACCGGGGUGGAAGGUAUUGGAGAGUCCGACGAUCUGCUGGACCUCGGAGUUGACUCCCUCGUGUCUGUUGGAAUCAGCAAAAACCUCUGCGAGGCCUCCGGAUGCGAUCUCCCACAAGAGCUUGUGUUCACGCACCCCACGGCGGCCCUUAUCGCGGAGUUCAUUAGCUCUGCCGUUGAAAAUUCCCAAGCGAACCCUCGCUCCAGGAAAGUGUUGCUUCAGAACCACUUCGACGGUGGACAAGAGUUUGGACUGCGCGGGGGGCUCCCGCCUGAGGGACCUGGGGGGAGAGUGGACGACCGGUCCCAUGCAAGGAUGGGUAUUUCGGCUGACCCAGGAUCGUCUUCCAAGGUGCGGGCCCUUGGUCUUCUUGGAGCGCUUUCGCCCAUCAUAUGGUUCACGUGUUUCACCGCGAUCGUGAUUGUGACGAAGAUCGUGCUGGGCGCGCAUCCUCAAGAGCGCGUGCCCUUGGGCACGCGCGCGUACCUCUCUUGGUGGUACAUGAACGCCAUGCUCAACGUCUGGGAGUGCGUCGGUGGAACGUGUUUGCUAGACACGAAGAUGAUAAUCUUCAUUUACCGCUGCAUGGGCGCAAAGAUUGCGUGGACGGCCAGCAUCAGCGUCUUCAUUCGCGACUUCGAUUCGGUGGACGUCCAGGAAGGGGCACAGGUGGGCGGCACCCUGUACGUGCGCCGGUUUGAGGCUUCUUACAUGGAUGUCGCGCCCAUCAUGAUUGGCAAAGGCGCCGACAUUGGGACCGGUUCCGUGGUGUACGGGGGCGCAAGCGUCGGGGACCAUUGGCGCGUCAACCUGGGGGGCCCAGCCAAUGAUGGCGUGGUGCUGGAUGUCCCUGGCCCAUGUGCCGCUAUACCCUGUCUCAUAGAGUUGAUGAAGCAAAUCGCGAUUCUAUGCACCCUGGUUGCGACGACGGCCAUGACCUACACGCCGACCAUCCUAUACGAGUCUACCGGCCUAUCGGAGAACUUCCGUUACGCUCUUCUCGUGGAGAUUGUCUUUCUUGUGGCCGGAGUGCCGAGCCAGCUCGCCCUCUACACUGUUCUUCUUAAGUGGGUUCUCGCAGGUCGGGUGACGGAGGGUUCUUAUCUGCCGACCGUCUUCCAGACCUGGCGGAGAUGGUACCUCAGCAGGCUUAGCGCGCUUGUGUUCGCCUUCUUCAACGUCUUCAACCAGCUAUGGACCCCCUCCGCCCUUCCCAAACGCCUGUCUUCUAUGUAUACUGAAACCACGCCUUACGUACCUGCCGCACACAUACAUGAUUUCCAGAUCGGCAGCGGAGCACACGCCGGCUACCCGAUUCUCUCCGUCGACCGGCCAACCGGACGUGGCACCGAACGCGAGAAGAAGGCAAAAGCGAUCAGGUCGAAGGCAUUGCUUGGGUUUGGAGCACAUCUCGGCGCCAGCUCUACCGUCGGUAACGGUGCAAUGAUAAGGUUUGGAAGAGGCACGAACCGUAAGGCUGCAUCUUUUUCUCGACCCGACGAUGCGUUCUUACCACGAGCCCCGCUUUUUCUGUGCUGCGCCGCUGAAGACGCCGGCGAAGCUGUCAAGGAAAACCUGAUUGACGCAGCGUGCACCCUCGGAGCUUGCUCCCUCAACACCCUGGCCUUGGUGGCAUCUUUUGAGACGACGACUUCUUUGGCAUCUUUGUGGUCCAACGGCGAUGGCUUUGACACCAGGAUCGUCGUGCUUUCGACGGUAGCCUUGGUCGUGUGGGCGUUGGCCUCGGCUGUGCUUCUUGCUGUGUUCAAGCGGGUACUUGCCGGAGACUUCCGCAGGAAGCCAACCGAAGGCCAGCGAAAGGAAAUCUCCGCCCAAAUUGGCCCGCGUACAACAGACGUCGAGAAAGGCCAGCGGCGGAAGCCGAACAAGCUCACGGCUUCGCAGCUCAUGCGGUGGCGGUGGAUGCAGCGCUUGUUGUACUUCUCCAUGUUCGAGCCGUACAUCGUCAACACCAUCUUGAGAGGAACGUGGCUCCUCAACGUCUGGCUAAGGCUCAUGGGUGCAGACGUUUCUAUGGGUGCCCUGAUUCUAGGCAAAGUGUCUGAUCACGGCAUGGUGAAGGUACGACAACCGUUGGUUGCUUUGGGCACAGAGGUAGGUGAAGGUGCCGUUGUGCACGCCCACGCAGGGACCUUUUGCACGGACAUGCGGAGUGGAUCAACAUUGACCGCCGCGAGCGCCACCCUUAGCGGACAGGUUUUGGAAGCCGGGCAAGUGUUCGGGGGCCGGCCUCCUCAGAAGCUAGCUGGAAGCUGGGUGCUGUGA